AUGUCAUUACGUCCAGGGCAAGUCGAUGUCAAUUCAACCAUCUCCGCACCGGAUUUUCGGAUCAUCACGACGCUGAAACACACGCUGUUCAACACUCAAGAUGCCGAGCCAGACUCGAGAACAGAGACACUGAUACGCCAGUGGAGGGACAUCACCACGAGGCUCUUUGCGCUACAUACACGGCGACUGCGCGAGGCUGCGGAGACAUGUGGCUGGACAGAUGUCGCGACGAAGCUCACGCCUCCGGCUUCUGUUGUUACCGUAGCGGAUGAGGAAGAAAAGGAAAAGCCUUCCUCCUCGUCAAGUACAGACAAACCUUUCAAUAUACAAGUCCUCGUCGAGAACGCGGUGGCGGCGGCAACGGCGGCGGCAAAAGCAGGAGGAACAUCAUCUCCCUCUCGCGGUCCCCGGGCAGGGUAUCUACGAGAUUUCCGUGUCCGCGUCCUGAUUUCCCAUGCCGGCGAUGUGAGCGUGGAAUGCACGGCGAUGGGCGAAGAACGACCACUUUCAACCCUCGCCGACGCUGUCUACAUGGCUCUCAUCACUACCACCACCACCCCAACAGCCACAGCCAUGCCACGUCACAAUCGACGCCCAACCAACACAUCCCACACUGUUCACGCGGCACAAAACCACCGUGCGCACAGCGUACAACGACGCCGCGGGCGUGCCACCGACCCACCGCUCCCCCUCCCGACCACGCCGCCCACGACACGCGAAGUCCUCCUGUUCAACGACGACGGACUCGUCACCGAGGCGUCCCUGUCGGCGGUCUAUUUCCUGCGCCGCAGCGGGGCUCGUCGCUGGGUGACACCACGCUCCGAUGCCGGGGGCAUGCACUCGGUGACAAGGCUCUACGCGCUCGAGGCGUGCUGGUGCGACGAGGAUACUGUGCCAGUUCAAGAUGUCCAGGAUGGCGAGGUCGUCUGGUUGAGUAACGCCGUCAGAGGCUUCUUUCCUGGCGUGGUGAGGCGGCGUGGAAAUACCUGA